AGCGUAUUGAUUAUCGCUAAAAUAUGGGCAUUUUGGCGGACAUUUAUUAUAAUUUAAGUGCAAACCACUGAGUUUUGGGUACAGACGCAUAAAUGAGAAACAGAAUACAAUUGUUUGGCCUAAAUUGGACAAGAUAUGGUAUUUCUUGGCAAAAUUCUUGCUAAUUUUGGAAAUUUCGGAGUCUUGAAGGAGCCUGCGAUUAUACUGUCAAUGCUGUCUACUUGUGUUUUUGUUACCAAGGCAACAUGAUAUGAUAUAUAUUAUUGUGAAGGAAAGCGAAGAAAGGUUGAAUAAAAAUAAUCUUAAAGUUGCGAACUGCUGUUGUGAAAUAUAGCAUCUAUUAUGUCCUCUGUUGACAAAAGUAUAACAGCAAAUACUGGCGAGGAAGAAGGAAAUAAUGAAACGAACACAGAAGACGUUGUUCCAGACACUGCGACUGAUACAGUAGCUGACCCGUCAACAUCUUCUAAAGAAGUGCCAAAUAAUGAUACAAAUGUCAAUGUAUCUCUAGAAGAAAAGUCUGAUGUCACAGGUAUUGUAAUAUUAUAAAGGACUGUCAGUUUAUCUGUUUGUGAUUUAUCUGUUAUAUAAUCAGACUAUCUGCCUAUAUAUGUCUAGUUAACCCUGAUAACCCAUUAACUAAAGUUGCACAGUGGCGUACGUACCCUGGAUCCCAGAUCCUUCAACAGUAAAUAAUAAAUUGAAACGUCGCGAAGGCUCUGGUUCAAUGGGGAGAUUCUUUGAUUAAACCGCACCAAUCACAAAACAGAAUUAGUGGUUUUAGUACAAUCCCUGUUGAACCAGAGCCUUCGCGACGUUUCAAUUUAUUAUUUACUGUCGAAGGCUCUGGAAUCCAGGGUAUGGCAUACAUAGCCCAGUGUGGAAAGUUUGUACUGUGCGCCCGAGGUGCACAAUUUUGAUGCUUUCUAUAUAUUUACUAUUAAAUUUUCGAAAUCUCGGCCGCACAAUUUCCAAGCUUUCCAGUCAGGCACGUAACCAGCCCGACAAUUUAGUCCCGCUAUGCAAAUUAAAAAUUAUUAUCAUUCAUGUCUUAAUGAAAUUGAUUCUUUUCACAGUCAAUGAACACGGAAAUAUUUGCAAAGCGGGACUAAAUCGCUGGGCUGGCUACAUUACUGGUGGCCCAGACACUGUGUGGAAAGUUUGUAUCACGUGGCGGAGAUAUCGGCUGCGCAAUUUUGAUGCUUUAUAUAUUUACUAUUACAUUUUCAAAAUCAACGGUGGCAAGUUCCAAACUGUAAACUGUGUUUCCCCAUGUAAACCAUGUUCAGUGUUGAGAAGUUUAAAAUAAUAAAUAGGACACAUUUGGGGGUAUGCUGCUUAAAAUUACAUUUGGGUUAAUCCAUUGAGUGCCAGAGCUGUGAUCGAUCUCCCCAGGGUCUUAGCUAGAAUUAGGCUGUGUUGGCUGUUUUAUACCAUAUGGCCAAAACUUGGAAAACACGGCAAGGUAAAAUGAACGUGGGUUUAUCAUUGAUAUAAAGCUGUGUGGUUUCAUAAAAGAGAAUGUUGCUGCCUACAACAGACAGGAUUUGCUUCUUAGACAGGAUUUGCUUUAUUGUAAGAAGUUGUAAAAUCUAGUUGGUGGGAAUUGGUAAAGUGAUCCAUGUUAGGUAUAUAUAUACAUGUAGUGGAAACCAUAUUUGGUGUCAAAAUAUAGCUUGAAAUGGCCCCAAUAGUCUCUAUAAUAAUUUGUUGUAAUGCUGCCGGUUUGAGUAAGAGCAUGCAUAUAAAUUAUUGGCCUUGUAUUUGGUCACUUUACAUGUACACCCUGAAAUUUAGAAACACACCCAAAAUCUUAAUAUCUAGUGAAGACCCUGACUCUCCCCUUGACGAGUAAAAUUGUCUGGCAUUAGACUGGCAUUAGAGUAAAAUAAUGACCUACUGUAGGGUGUAUUUUGCAACACUGCAAAGCAAGAUGAAAUCUAUUUGAUGUCAAUGAUCAGGCUAUAAGAAUUAAGACAAAAUUGGAUUUGGGUCAUUCAUGCAGCUACAGUAACUUGCAAGCAGAACAUCCAUCGAUUUUAACCUAUUAAACCCUGUAAAACAAGUAUUGCAAGUUUCCUCAAAAUACAUUAUUUAUUAAUUUUCUAACUGCCUUAGUUACCAGACUGCUAACUUUGUUAACUGGAAACAGGAUUUUUCAGGUCAAAAUAUACAAUAUGUCACAAAUGAAUUGAACAAAGUGUGGACAUAACUACAGUUGGUGGCACAAGGUUUCAAAGAGGGCCUGACAUUUAGAGUUGAUAAGUGGCAGAUUAGGCAGAAAAAUGUGCUUCACAUCUAUUAUACAUAGCUAGGGUCCACAUCCUCUAUUUUUGAAUUGUACUGUACAAACUGCGCAUUUCAGUGAAGAAAAAAUGCACACACAAGUACUCCAAACCUCAAAGAUAUCUCUUUCUUAAUUUAAUAAAGAUAAAUUUUAUAGUGCCCAGAAAGUGCGCAUGCAUGUGGCUUAAUUCAAUUCAUCACAACUCAUAUACAGGGGCGAGGAAAUACAAACUAAGUCAAUCUUAAAACGAUAAGUAAAAAAUAUAGAACUGUUUAUGAGACUAGUGUUUCCUGGAUUUAAUUCUUUAAGAUAGUAUGUUGAAAUUUGAAAACGCCUCACUCCUGGCUCCAUAGCCAUCAUGCCAACAUUGAUGUAAGUCUAGAAGCAACCUUGCAAAUGUUGAAAAUCUGAGAGCUCUUAUACGCUAUUUCCUGCAUUCUGAGAACACUCUGUUGCCUAAAUAGUAUAAUUAUAUUCAAAAAUGUGAGUGAGCAUUCAACUACCAUGCAUGCAUUAAAUAUGCCUAUGGGCAUCCCCCCACCAGGGCCAUAGCGAGGGGGGGUAUUGGGGGGGUGGUUAACCCCCCCAACUUUUGACAUAUUUGGAAAAUGGGAUGGCCAUUCGGAAAAUUACGGCAAUUAUAGUAUAUGGUUUUUGUACGAAAAUCACGAGAUUCAGGCAAUUUUUAGCUAAUAUCUCAUUUUUGGUAUGUCCGGAAAAAUUUUUUGACCCUUAAAAUGGUACACCGACCGAAAUUUUUUUGGCGGGGGGGGGGAGGUCGCCAAGAAUUUUCGAAAGUUCGGAAAUUUUCUUCGUAAUUCGGAAAUUUUUGGCCUACACCCCCCCAACUAUAAAUGCUAGCUACGGCACUGCCCCCCCACCCACCCACCUCACCCACUCGAAACUGCCCGCACAAUGUUUUCAGAUAUCAAGUUACAGAAAAGUCUCUAAAAUUUAUAAGCCUGUUUGAAUGAAUGAAGUCAAACAGUCAAUUUGUAUUUCGGAUAUAGUUACCACUAGCACACUUAUGGGCCAAUUAGUCGAACACAUUGUAUUAACUGCAAUUGGGCCUUCGACGACAUAGUUAGGUUUAGGAGAGUUCCAAGGUACUACGAGUACAAUUCAAACGGUUUCUUAUUAGUCUAAGACCAGAAAACGAUUUGUUCUUGCAAGGCUGAUUAUUAAUAAAUGGAAUUUCAAUGAGCUGUUUACCGGUAUUUCAUGAGCUGAGACGGGUUGGACAUUACCGAUUGGUAAAGACAGAGUGAAUCAAAGCAUGUUGCUAUUGGUCUACACUCUACAUGUAUAGGGCACAUGCAUUGCCUUCAAUAGUGUAUUUUUACAGCUGGAUGGUGGAGCAUUGACACACUCAAAAUCAUAACGGACAAGUUUUCUAAACUAGUUUCAUAUUAUUUUGAGACUGCAGAGUACGAACUAAGAAAAAAUCGUUGUCUCGAGCGGUAUUCGAACUCGCAUCUUCGGUUUUCUAGACCGCCACUCUACACAUUGAGAUAUCGAGUCAACCGUAUUAAAUUGGUAGCGAGUCUUAUCCAAUUUAAGACAAUUUUAAAAUUCAUCCAAGGAGACUUCAGUUUUGACAGCUGGCAAGUAUUGAUGCACAGGCUUGCAUAUUCUACUGUAGGCCGGACCACUCGGCGACUGCGUACACAAGCACUAGUUACAAACUUUUACGCGUGUGGACAACUUCACUCAGCGGUCUGUAAGUACGGUUGCCGGUAUAUACUUCGUGUGACCCCUAUUAUAAUGUAUCAAGGUGGAUCCCUGACCCUAAAAAAGGCCCUGGGAACAAGGUUGCCCUGACCCCCACCCCAACCCCGCCCCUAACCUCUAAAGUGAGCUCCAAUUAUUACGGUGCAAAACUCAUGAUAAGGAUCAAAUAAAGUAUCUACCCGGUUGCCAACUUCUUUUUUUCCCACUUCUUAUUGAGCUGAGGCAAUGCAUUGAAUGGUAAAAUGCUAAAAGUGUAUGGUCCAUAAGCGUGCUAAUGGUAACUAUUACCAGGGCGCAAUUUAUCAAUACUUUAUAAUUCUGUAGGCGUUGGGUCUUCCUUGAGCUUGGAUAAUUCUUGUUUUUUUCUGUUGUGAGGACUUCACAAUCUGCCUGGUUGGUGUAGAACCUCUACUAUCUCGGGCAUUAAAAGGCAUCAUUAAAUGAAAUAUGUUAUUUGGUGUUUUAAAUUUCUAAAAUUAUUCUCCUAUAUGUAAGUGUACGUGAUCAAACCCAUGCAGGGAGAACGUGAAGAUGUAUAUAAUUAUGUAAUUUUGUACAUACAAGAAUCAUGAUUAUGUUUUUAUGCUUCUCCAAUACACUCAGCUUCCAAUUUGAAACGAGGUCAUAUUGUGGUUGGCAAAAUCUUAUAGCUUUUGCUGAAUGUAUAUAUUAUUGUUUGCCUGUUUACAUUUAGAACAUUUAUGUUUCAUAUGCAUCCAUUGCUUUAUGCAAUUCUGUUUAUCAGGGAAUGCAGAGACAAAGAGAGAGAGAAUUAAGACCAUUUAUCAUGAUAUCAGUGUUGUCAUGAUCACUGGUCCUAAUCUUGUCACUGGUGAAACUUAACGUGUUUGGAUGAGAACUGAAUUGAAAUUCUGGAUGUGAAAAUAUGGACCCAAGGUUGUUAUAAUGCAUUAAUGUAAUAACAUUUUUAAUGUAAUGCUUUUCUAGUCAAACUGGUGUUCAUGCCAGAAGGAGCUGUGAAAAGUACUUCCUAUCCAAUAAACAAGCCGAUGUCUGAUCUUAAGAACGCAGUUUCGUCUCAGUGUGGUCAACCAACAAGUUCUAUUCUUUUUCUUUAUGAUGGUAAGCAAUACAAUAUGAGAAUUGAGAUGGAUAUAGGAAUUCAACUACCAAAAAAAUAGAAGUAAAAUUCGACAUUUUGAGCGAAGGUCCUUUGUCGACUUCUAACUUCCCAACGAAGGACCUUCGCUCGAAACGUGGAAGUUUUACUUGUAUUUUUCAGGUGGUGGAAUCCUUCUCCAUCUCAAAUUCUGGUGUUUUUGGUAUUACCUACGCUGGCACAGAUCGUUCGAGCAACACAAUAUCAAUUUUAGAGAUUAGCUGAUUAAUCAAUGUCGCUGGCUAUUAUUAAAAGACACCAUUGUCUGUCUGCUAAUGAUUUCGAAUUUAGAUUAAGUACCCUACUCUCCUAUAGAUGACACCACAGUGGCGUGAAAAUUUAUAUGUUUUCAAAACUAAAAAAUCCCAUUGCUUUGCUGAAUGGCGUCUGUUGUACAAUUUUAUGUUAUACUUUUAGUAAGGUGCAUGUGGACCCUAAUGGACCAUUUGCAUUAUAAACUAAAUUUCGAUCUAAACAAGUCUAGACAAAAAUUUCAUCACAGCUUGAAAGAGCAUCACAAAAUUAGUAAUAUUCCAAAGUUUCGUUGCGAAAUGUUGUAAAAUGCGGGUAAUAUAGCCUUGCGAAAUUUGCAAUUUUCAGUCAUUUUAGAUUACAAACGGGAAAUUGAUGCUCCAACACCCGAUUGGGCUGUCAAUUUCCCGUGCGUAAUACAAUAAAAUGACUGAAAAACGGCAAACUUCGCAAGGCUAUAUUAUCCGCAUUUUACAACAUUUCGUAACGAAACUUUGGAAUAUUACUAAUUUUGUGAUGCUCUUUCAAGCUGUGAUGAAAUUUUUGUCUAGAUCAAAAUUUAGUCUAUAAUGCAAAUGGUCCAUUUAGUGUGGCCAAGUUUUUACGCUAUCUGUGCAUGCAUGUUGUCUCUUCUUCAUAGUUUUUACUGUAGGCGUGCUAUAUAACUUUCAUCGUUGUUAUUAAUAAUGACUUUUUCACUUUCAUAUUUUUGUUUGUCAUUGUAGAUUUGUAGGUAAUCUACUGAAUGAUGAUGUGACAUUGCUCAGUCUUGGCUCAAAACAUGGACCAUUUGCAUUAGCAAAUGGACCAUUUGCAUUAGCAAAUGGACCAUUUGCAUUAGCAAAUGGUCUAUUUAGUGUGGCCAAGUUUUUACGCUAUCUGUGCAUGCAUGUUGUCUCUUCAUAGUUUUUACUGUAGGCGUGCUAUAUAACUUUCAUCGUUGUUAUUAAUAAUGACUUUUUCACUUUCAUAUUUUGGUUUGUCAUUGUAGGUAAUCUACUGAAUGAUGAUGUGACAUUGCUCAGUCUUGGCUCAAAACAAAUUGUUCAUAUCGAGGUACAGUCAGUGGAUCCUAUCAACGCUCCAUUAAAGUUACUUAACAACUCAGCUGCCAUACCACCGAAACAGAAUAAUCCAUUAUAUAAAAUGCCAGAAGUUCUCACUGUCAGAGUUGAAUCAGGUAACUGAAAUAUUUUGCUGAAUGGUAUCUUCUUCUAAGCUACUUCUAUAGUCUAUGACCUAUACAAUCAAUGACAAAACCUGUUUGGGCACUCUGUAAAAUAUUCUCCAAAGUCCAAUGAUUCUAAAUUAAAUCAGAUAAAUAGCGAAAUAUAUGCCCUGCCUCCUAAUCGUGCAAUGUUGCUGUACAUUAGAACAUUUUCAUCCAGAAUGUAUUGCAUGGGCAGUUGUGAACUUAGCAUAACACAACUAUUGUCAAGGGGGUGCGAGGAUCUCCACUGUUGUACUGUACCUAUACUGUAGAUUGGUAUGUAGAGUGUAAAAGAUAUAACUCUAUUCAAAACAGUAAAAAAUAUAAAGUACUAGAUAUUUCAACAUCUGAACAUGAUAAAAAUGUUAGAGAACUAAUAAAAUAAACUUUAAAAAUUGCAAGAAUUUUUUACAGACUUUUUUCAUCAUUCCAUUCUUGUUACAAAAGUUUCUUGUUCGGUAGUAAUCAUGGUGCAACGGGUCUUUCAAAACUUUUUUGCAUGUACAGUGGAUCUUUAAUUAAAAACGUACAGGUAUAUAAAAUAGUCAAUAAUUAUAUAAAAUUAAAUCAAACAAGGCAUAUGAACAAAGUUAACAGAUAUUAUAUGAAUUUUAUAAACUUGUUCCACAGUAUAUUUGCUGUAAAUAAUUUCUGUAGAAUUUGAAGGUUUGGUGAAUGAAGUAAAAGUUCAAGUUGUCCAAGAGAAAAACAAGAAACCAUUCCUGGGAGGAUUUCGUCAUCGUCUGACUGGGAUUGAAUAUCAUAAUGCAUCAAUACAGACUGUUUCGAAGAAACGGUUACCACCAAAUGUAUGUCAUUCAACAUAUAUGUUUGUUAAUACUUUUAGAGCCCAUUUACACUGGUGAGACUUUCUGCUCUGAUUGAGUGUGUUAAACUAACAAAAGUUUUUGCAUGAGCAUGCAUUGGUGGUUUGCAAUCAAUCCCUUGAGAUUGAGAAAGACAUGGCGGCCAUGCAUACAGUAUAUGACUUUCGCAAAUUUCUUACUCUUCAAGAAAUUACUUCCUUGAAAAUUCCUUCGUUCUAAACUGAAAGACGAAGGACUUUGCGAAAGUCUAAUACAAGAGCUGCUAAUGAUAUUUUUUGUUACCGUUCCUCCAACAUGGUCGCAAUGACGUCAAGUGCAAACGAGAAUGAGCAUGAGUGAUUAUCCAAUGUUUUGUUGACACAAAUCGCAGCAACAAUUAGCUAAGCAUUCAUCAAAGUAUGCUUUACCCUGUGCGAAUUGUCAUUAAUUUAAUGUUUCUCACAGGCGGAAGCCGCGGAACGGUUCAACCGCGACACACAGACUGUGGACAUGAAAAAUCAAUUUCAACAGACAACAAACACGACGUCCACUCAAAUGGUAGGUGUUCUGUUGCAGGAUCUACAUGCGGGUAACGCAGCAACAGUGUCGUUUCCAAUUCGGACUGGACUAGAUUUCAAGUCCGCGCAAUUUGAUGAAGACCGAGGCGAAGCGGAGGACUGGAUCAAAAUGCGGGAGUCUAGUCCAGUCCUUAUAGUCGGAUUUGAAAUAUUACAUCAAGUAUUAUACGCUUAUACUACAGUAUUACAUACUUAACCUAGGCUAUUAUUAUCUUUACAACAAUUGUGAUAUUACUUUCUUAACUGUGUUUAUCCCAACUCACCCUGUCGACUUUCCCUGUGGGAGGAAACUGGACUGCACCCGGAGAAAACCCACGACUUUCGGCAGAGCGUUGACGAACUCUUUUAAAACGAGUCCGUGGUGAGAAUCGAACCCACGAUCUCAGAGGUGAAAGGCGUUUGCUCUCACAACUGCUCCACCGAAGUCCUUCUAUGUUUGGAAGUGUUUUCUUUUCGAUUAUCUAUAUGGUGGCCAUUUUCGCACAGUUUGUUUCCCUGUCUGCGGCCCUUUCCAACAGUCUCCUUGCUUGAUCCUUGAUCGCAUCAGAUUACUGUGCCGUGUUGGAAAGCCGAAAUAGAAACAAUGGACAGGGAUGUAGCGUCGAUAUCUCCAUAAUCGUUGCAUAAAAUUUACAACAAAAUAGCUUAUUGAACGUUGGUAGCUCAGAAUACACCUUUCCGGAAAAUAUGUUACCUUUGGCUAUAGAACCUCGUUUUCAUGUAAAAUAACGUAUUAGUUAAAGUCGCAAUCACGAGAACGAGGCUCAGGGUGACGUACUUCCCGGAAGCGUACGAUGUUUUUUCAAAAGCACUAUACCAAUCUAACAGCCAUACUGAAAAUUCUUCACUCUAUAACAUCCGCACUCAAUGCAUGAAAACUCAGUGAAUACAUAUUACAGGCUAGAGUUAGUUUUCGUUAUUGCCGUAUCUAUUGCAUCUAAUACUUAUUGUCAGCAAUGUUCCAUUUAUAGACGAAAGAUGGAUGCUACGUGUCUAAUUUUGAGGAUAAAAUUAUAACACCUUCAACGUACGUGACCGCUGAUGAACAUCACAAGAAUAUCUUAGAAAAGGUAAGAGAUUCAAAAGGAUUAUAUAUGCUAUACUUUCCACAUGGGAUGAACUUCUUUCCUAAAGUACUGUACCCUCAAACGUUAUAUAUUGCCGUAAUUACGAUUACCUCACUCCUGUCCGAGGGCUCCCAAAAUACGGAUAUAAAUUCAUUUCUCGCUGUUUAUGAGUUAGGAUCAGUGGUUAGGGUCAGGGUAAAAAUUAAUUAGGGUCAGUAUUCAUAAACAGCGAGACAUGAAUCUGUAAUGGGCGUCACACGGAAGGCUUUGCUAAAAGAGAAAGUGUGGGAGGAGGGACUGCAAAACGUUGUUGCAGAAACAUUUCAAACACGUGAUGUUUUCUCAAAUAUUUCUCAGUUUCUCCACCCUAUAAAUUGUUGUGGAAAUAUUUGAAACCCUUGAUGCUUCCUCGAGUGUUUCCCUGUUUUCUAGACUUGCUACAAGUCGACUCCAUUGCAAGGAGUAAAACGAGUGAGCGAAUAAAACGAAUGCGCGAUCUUGUGCUCCCGAGCGCAGCCCCUACCGCUAAAAUCCGCAUUUUAACCUGAGAAAUCUCGAGAUCUCAACCGCGCAUGCAGCUAAAUAAUCCGAGUCGACUUGUAGCAAGUCUACCUAUUUUCCUUUCCUCUCAAACAUUAUUGCGGACACAAAAUUUCAUUCGCAGGGAUUUCUCGCAAUGCUGAACUGGCUUAUACGCUAUCCGCCAGUCGACAUUUCAGAUCUGUGUCACUGAGCUCCAUAUAUAUCUGGAGCGAGAACUUGAGUCCAAAAAGUGAAGCCAGCUUCGUGUUAACCGCGCAGACAAAAACAAUAGAAAAGGACUGGAACUGACGUCCAAUAGCUCUUCUUGAACUGAUAACUUGAUUAGCGAUACGGUCCGUUAGAAAAAACUGAAUGAUGUGGUUUCGUGCACUUUACUUGGUGGAAUUGAUAUUAGAAUGUUAGGGUUGUAAUCCAAGUGAUUAUAUACAUUUUAAGACCUGACCAGGAACGACUGCGAAAAAUGCAGCACAAGGUCCUCUGGUAGGAAUUGAACCUACGGCCCUGCGAUUCCGGUGCAGCAAAAAAAAAACUGGAAUAAGCUGGGGGAAAUGGCACAAAAGCUGUUUAUGACUUUCAGAGUUAUUGGACAUCAAUGGCCGCCAUCUUGGCUUCACUUUUCUCAUAGGCCGAAUGACUGAAGUUCUCGCUCCAGAUAUAUAUAGAGCUCACUGGUAUUUUACGUCAAAUGACGUAUCGUUAAUUAAAGCGCUAAUUGAUUGCUGCACAAUAAAUUAGAACGUCAUAAUUUAAUUAGGUGACUGUGUUAUUGCGUUUCGUGAAAUACGGUUCUCUUUUAAACUGCAAGUAGCGAGUUAUUGUUGGAAAAUUUUGAGAUUUUGAGUAUGGGUGGUUGUUGCGGAUGUUUUGAGAAGAAGGAUGAUGUGAAUGAGGUCAAUCAGAAUGAUAUUCUCUGGUUGCAAACCUCGAAUUCGUUGACAACGGGAAUUCCAAGUAAUAUGCAUUUCAGCAUUGGUGGACUAUCAAACAUGAGUGGUCAAGAGCCCGCUGUGGUAACUUGUGCCCGCAAAGCUCAGGAGAAGCUAGAGCGAGAAAAAGGUAUGGCUGCAUUUGUGACUUAUUGAACCUCUAGUGUGAACAGUUUAGAACUGUUGGGGCUAUCGGUGAUAAUAAAGUUUAUUUUGUACGCUCAUCUUUAUUUUUUAAUUUACAGUCAAGUUAGAAGCCCCGAAGGCGGCAACGAGCAGGGCUGGUGAUUCAGACACGACGACUAAUUCGAAAGUGGUAAAGGAAAUUGGUGGCGAAAAUGAAAAUACUGAACUUCAAACAUUGUCGGUGGCAACAAUUACACAAGCCGAUGCAAACAAAGACGAGCCAAUGAAAAGCAAGGCUGAUAAUCAGGAGCCAAUCAAAGACAAGGCUAGCGUCAGCCAAGAGCCGAUGAAAAGCAAGGCUAGCGUCAGCCAAUUGUCACAAUUGUCAAAUGACAAGAAAGAUACAAAGGCAGUUGUCGAGACGCCAAACGAAGCACUUUUGCCAAGUAUGAAGACGGCCAAAAUUCAACUCGAGAACGACGGUGAAGCAGAGAAAGCAAAGCUGUUGCCGAGCGAGAACUCUGCUGAAGCUCAGCUCGAAAAAGAAGUGAAGGCAGAUAUAGCUGGCGCCGUUCAAGAGAGCAGUAAAGAUGUGGAAGAACCCACUGCAAAUGAACGCGUGGAUACGAAUGUUCCUGAAGCCCUCCCAUUGGAAUGCGUUGGCGAAACCGAGAAAGAAGCGAACAAAUUCGCCAUAGAAACCGAAUUUCCAGCUGAUGCCAUCAAAGAAGCCAAUAGUGACGCCAUCAAAGAAUCUGACGUCAUUAACAAGGUCCAAUCCGACGUCAGCAAUAACUUACAAUUAGAUGUCAAGCCUGCCAUUGCUACGAAACCUUCCCAAAUUUCAGUUACUUUUGAAAUGGGUGAAGAAACAAACUCUGACGAAAUUGGGCAUGAAUCCGAAGGUGAAGACAGUACCACCGACGCCGUGAAUUUGCCCGAGCAAUCUGUUACCACGGAAACGGCUACGUCAUCAACUUAUCUCGUCAAUGAUACAUUGGUAAACUGUGGCACUGACGUCAUAGUAAACGACAUUCAUAUCAGCUUGGAUCCAUGCGGGGUGGAUACCAAAAACGAGUCGGAAAUUUUCACCAGCCAGGAUGGAAGCGCAGCCAGCGAGCCCGUCGUGGAUUCCCAAGUCGCCAACGACCUUACACGUGAAAGCCAAGUAUCAAAAGAACGGCAAAGUGAAUCCGAAAUGCCAGGCGAACUGCAUGGGGAUUCAAGUGGUCAACAAAGACAGGCCAGCUUCAUCGACGACGAUGAUGAUGAUGAAAUAUCUUGGGUGGAUAUGUCGUUCUCGCAGCCUUUAGUACCUCAACUCAGUGAAAUAGUACGUGUUGGGGUUAUAGCACGCGUGCCAGAAGAUGAAACAAUGUCUGUCGUUACGGAAGCAAAUAAUAAUCUCGUCGCAUCUGCAGAAGACGGCGAGCGAAGUGACAUUGUGGAGAAUUCUGAAAAAUAAGAAAGCGAACUAUAUCUAAGCUUUCCUCUGGCAUGAGGAACACAACUCAAGCGAGAGAGUUCGACAAAGUUCAGGGUGAACGCAAGCUCGGGUUCGGUUUAAGGACCUUUUACACUAUUUUCUAAAUUUUACUAUACUUGGAAUACUCUGGUUGGAAUAUAAAUAGGAAGUUGAACAGUAACAAUUCAAUUGAUAAAGAAAUGGGUGGUAUAGGAGUGGGGAUUGAAAACUACUUUAUAAGCAAUGUACAUGCAUUAACCAAUAACUCUUGUAUAUAUAAAUAUUAUUCUAUUCUUGUACUUCUUAUCUGUAUGUAUCUCAUAUCAAUAAACAAUGGUUUAAAAAUAAUUAUUUUUUCUCUCAGUGUUUAGACUAUCAAAGUUUCUUUGAUCAAUGUUUUUGAAAAAAAAAAUGUAUUGAAUGUAUACGCUUAAAUCAAAUCAAAAUAAACAAAACGGCACUAGUAUCAAUAUUUGAUCAAAAUUUUCGACAAAAGUGUUUGAUCAAAGAACACUUUCAUUGAUCUGUUUCAAGAUUAAAAUGGCGAUCCUUAUACACAUAAUUUAUGCAGCAAAAAUUCUUUGCAUGCGCGCGCUCUAGAAUAGUUAAUUUAGCGCCCUGAUUAUAUUCAACGCGUGUUUAUUUACAUAAUCAACUAGGCUUGCAAGUUAUCUGCGUUGUCUUGGUCUACCGAAAAAAAGAUUAAAAACACUUAUUUAGUCUUCGACUUUCAAAUGAAGUUAUGAUCCUUGAUCAGAAAGUCAGUAGCGAGAAUAGUCGCUAUACUAACGAAGGACCUUCGUUCGAAAGGGUUGUAAUCUUUUUCAAGUUGUUCAGACACCAACAACGGCAGUUUUAAUCAAGAAUUUAUAUAUAAAGCCUGGUUUACAUUGUCAAAGUUUCUGUGAUUACAAUAGGAAGUUUGCAUGGGUAAAUUCUAAGUUUUUAAUGGUUUGUAAAAAAUGUUUGAGGGACUGACUCAGUGUUUUAGAAUUUACCUGUGCAAAAUUCCUAUUGUGAUCACAGAAACUUUGAUAGUGUAAACCAGCCUUAAACAUAGAAAGCUUAGCAAAAGUUAAAAAAGAUAUUUAAUGAUAUUUAAAGAUAUUUAAAAGUCAUCUAAAAAUGAGCAUUCGAGUCCGUACCAAAAAAUUCUCAGUGAACGCAUGUUAUUUGGUAUAAUUCUAGGUUAUCAUUCUGCAAUGUUAUUGGCGCAAGUGGUUGGCAAAGAAAUAUGUGGAAGAUCUGCGUAUGGACAGAGAAAAUCGUUUCGCCUGGGAGAGGAAGGUUUGAUUUUUUUCUACCCUAGUUUGCAAACUUAUAGUUUGUGAAUUAAUUCAAACUUGUGAGGGAAUGAAUCUGCCGUGAGAGCGACGCAGAUGCAGUGUCAGACUUAUGGAAGACUGACAUAAAUUGUGCAGCACUGUAGCAUUGAACUUCUGAGGCAUUGAAACUGACAUACAAAUGGACAUACAGAUCGUAUAAAUGCUCAGGACUUAAUACACCCUUUCGAUCAAUCGAUCAUUAUUUAUUACGUCACACAUACUUUUUGGUGUUGGAGCCUCGCUCUCAUUAGUAAAUUACGCAAGGUGAUUGGCUCAUGAUUCAUGAUAGCGAGGCUCCCAGGCCAAAUGACGUAAUUAUUGAAAGGGUGUAUUGUGUGAGUUACUGAAUUAGCAUUUCUUUUCACGUCUUGCGUGUGCAUGAUUUUUAUCGUAAGGUUUCAGUUAACUCGUCAAUAUAUGAAUGAAAUCACAUUCUUAAACAAUUAAGAGGUGUUCCAAAAAAUCUGUGAAAAAUUGACAGUCAUGGAACAACACUUUGUGUGUUUGGAACUUGUUACACUGUGCAGCAGUAUAUACAAGAAAAAGCUAUGUUUAGGAUAGACAGUAUUUAUACUACAUAUACUACCAAUAUGCUCACUGGCUAUUGAACGAGAUGUCCAGAAUACCUCCAUAUUUACCCAUAUACCUACUACUGGUAUCAUCCAUUACAUACAUGAAUUUAUGGUUAAUGCAUGGCAACUGGACGCUGUAGGUCAGUUGGUUAGAGCGUUGCACGGGAAUCGCAGCUUCGAUUCCUGCCAGUGAGCCUAUAAUUGCAUUUUUUGCAACUUCUUCAGGUUAGAUGUAAAAAUAUAUAUAUAAUUUACGUUUGAAAAUUCCAUUUACAAAACAACCCAACUAUAUACUAACAUCUACAUACUUUAUCAUAUACCAAAAGAGAAAAAAUUAUGUUUACAGAGAAAAAACUCUCUCCUCCGCAGAGGCUUUAGUUGGGCCCAUGCAGCGGCUCCGCUCGUGUUCCAAGAUCCGCCAUGUAAAGUUGUAGUGAAAUGUAUCUCAAUACUAAUCGUAAUCAUAGCCACAGAAGCCUCUGCGGAGGAGAGAGGAGAAAUGAGACAAUGGUGACAUGACUGUAUCUGUAAGACGUGAAUAGUGUUGAUUUAAAUAAGAUGCACACGUCUGUUUCUGUAGGAGGAUGAAAAAAGAAAACAAGAAAAAGCGGAUAAAAUAAGACGAGAAUGGGAAAGAAGAAUGAACCCAAGCAGUAAAACAGAUUUUGAUUUGUUGUACGCCGCAUUGGAAAGUAAGUUAAAGUGCAUGAAACUAGUUUCAUACUAUUCUCACAGAGUACCAUGCAGGGGUCAUUAAAGUGGGGACCGCUGGGACCGACGGUCGCAGGCACAUUUCAGAAACAACUUUUUUGCAAGACAUUUUGUAAAACGUUUGAAACCAGAAGUUAUAAAAUACAUUUUAUAAUUCUUAUAUUAUUAUGUAUUUUACUAUCUGUUACUAUUUGAUUGUAGUUAAUAUUUAUUGGGAAAAAAUAUCUGAUAAGCCUACUAAUCAGGAUCUAUAGUAAUUCAUGGCUGAUGGCUCAUCACGUGGUCACAUCGUGAUUUCGCAUUUUCAAAUAAUUUUUGGGGUCGCAGUUAAUGACCCCCUGCAGAGUACAACGAAACUUUUUCCUGUUUAUUAGUUUAUGGCGAAAUUUGAAAAACGGCGACAUCUUAAUUGUCUGUACCAAUGUAGGUAGUACCAAUGUGAAAAUGCUGUGCUGAGUGGUUAUAUUACUACAAUAUAAUCUUUACACGCAUUUAUUCACGUACAUACGCCAGGAAAAGAUCGUGUACGUUGUAGAUGGGCCUUUAAGUACAGAUGUAGAUGGGCCUUUAAGUACAGAUGUAGAUGGGCCUUUAAGUACAGAUGUAGAUGGGCCUUUAAGUACACUCAAUGAUAAAGUAGAAAGUACUGAAGUACAGUACAUGCAAAUAUCUGAAAUUAUACCCAUGCAAUGAAACAACUGUGUAAAAACCUUGAGCUUAACGUCAAAAGUGCAUGAAUUGUACAUUUAACAUAAUCCAGCUGCAUAAAUAAUAUGUCUACAAAACGUCAAACAGUUGUAAAUAAAUUUCAAACUCAAUAAUUCAUGAGGAAAACACAAAGAAAAAUCAUAAGCGUGUCGUAUAAACUGUGAUAGAGAUUUCCCUUGAUUCACACAUAAACUUAAACUUUGAUUUUCUCGACUUACACAACGUUUUUGAAGCAAUUUAAAACAUUCAUUUAUUUCGCAGUUCGUGUUUUAUCAGACCUAAAGAUACUCGACUUCGCCUCCUAUCUUUAUAUCUGAUAAAACACUGCUGCUCAUGUUUUAAAUAAUACUGAACAUACUGUAACUAUACAUCGUGUCACCGUACAGUAUUGUUGACUUUAUAGCUAUAGCUGUUGUAACUUUGCGCUAUAUAGAGUGGAAGAAGGAAGAAACUGCGAAGAUUAAUGAAUUAAUGAGUGGACCUGAAAGAAAAGCAGCCCUUGCUUGUUUACUGGAACAAGAAGCGUACUUGAUCGCUUCUAUUGGAAGACAUAAAUCAAAAGCUGAUGUCGAGAAUAAAGAAAAGCGUGAUAAACAAUUUCUGAAUAAGGUAAAUUCAGGCUUUUUAGGUAAAAUACGUCAACUGGUAAAUUGAUGUCAAAAGAUGUCAUGAAACGUCCAGUGAAACAUAUAAAAUCCAAUGAAAUAAGAACUUUCAAUUGAUGUAUACUCAUGCAGUCAUGUUUUUAAAAUUGAUACUAGUUUGAACGCUCUUUUCAACGGCAGUGUUUUCUAUAAUAGAAAGAUUCAGCUUUGACUACCUUUACCUCUCGCAGGCUUAAUACGUAUUUGAUUGGCUAGUUGGGUAGAUUAAAUGCAUCUGAUUGGUUAAUGGUUGUGUAAGUCAAAAUUUGAACUUCUCUAAUAUAGCUGCCACGAACGUUUUUAAGAUCAAACAAGUCACCACUGACGUAAUUUCCUUCCUUAGGCGGCCUCACCAAAGAGAUGGAAAGCAUUUGAUGGUAAAGUCACAGAAAUGGACACACCUUAUACAUUGCGUGCCCAAGAACUGCGAGAUAUUUUCAGUAGUUUAAGUAUGAAGUAUUUAACACAAGAUGAAAGGUUGGAUGUUUUAUUAACUGUCAAACACACAGUCAAAGAGCAUGAUUGUAAAUUAACACAAGAGAUUAUUGAACUCAUUGAUCGUGAAGCUGAUCUUUUAAUGAGAGGUGUUAAGGAAUCAAAUCUUGAAGGUACGAGAUUUCAUCUUUACGUAAAUGUACAAAUAUAAGGUUCCAGGAUGUAUGGUAUUAUAUUCAAUAACAGAGAACUUAUGCAUGGGACGUUCUUGUCAAUGCGGACGUCAGAUUGCCGAGACUGAGGGGCCCGGGACUGGAAUAAAAACUGUGUUUGUAUCAGUUUGUGGUAAUCUUGGACACAUGUGACAGAGCAUAAGAUUUUAAAGUUUUUGCUUCCUUGAGCGCUAUGAUGCACAAUACCGCCAAAAUUAGUUCUAGCAAUUUUCGGGUGACGUCCGUGUUGACAAAAACCUCACUUGCUUAAGCUCAGUAAUAAAUACUUAUAUCAUUAAUAAAUACUUAUAUCAUUAAUAAAUACUUAUAUCAGUAAUAAAUACUUAUAUCAUUAAUAAAUACUUAUAUUAUGUCCUAUGCUCCUUUUUUAUUAACUGUACAAUCAUACAAAAUUAUAACAAUGAUUGAAGGUAUGGUCAACAGGACAUGAGUCCCAUGUGAAGACCAACCUGAUACAAUACAACAAGUAGACAUACAUUAAAGACAAGGACUAGAACACUAUUUACAUAACUAUAUAAAAAUUAAUAGUUUAGAUUAUGAGCAACAGCUUAAGUUGAAAGAACGGCAUUUAGAGCAUGCAGUAGGUUUUCCAAGUGCGCAUUCUGUUAACAUCGAAAGAAGAGAAAUUGUCUGUUCAACUGAGAGGCAAUCUUUUAUCCCAGUUCCAAUGAUACACCUACAAAAACGCUUUUACUAUAUACUGUAGCUACCUUGUCAUUCUAUGAAUGAUAAGGUAGCUAGCUAUACAUGUGCCUAACUCCAAAGAAUCGUUUACACGCAUGAAGAAAUGACGUCGAUUGCAAUUCAUGUUUUGCACGAAUUUGACAAUACUUAAAUUGACUCUAUCAUUUUCAAAACCGGUGUAUCUCCCAUAAAAAACUUUGAAUGUAUUUAUGAAGAAUUUAUGAAGAAUCUCUGUAACGCGCAUAAUUUAGAAGUAGCAUUUCCAGCACUAUAUACUCAUUACCAGAUACCGAUACCCGGACUGUACCUAAGAGCAGUGUAUAAAGAAUCGAUAACCAUCUGUUAGAUGUGUUUUUAUUUCAUUUCUUGUAGGUUUACGACAACGUAUUUCGACUCUAUUUCUUCAAUAUUGCAAGACACCGUUGUUCAAUCCUGAAGCUGCUAGAUUAUUAAAAGUGAGUAUAUCAGCUUACCAUGUAACCACCUAGUAUGUUUUGUGGCAUGACUUGCGACUUACUUGUCACACUCGCAGCCUGUGUUCUGCCCAAGCGACUUGUACAUUAUUCCGAGUAAAAUUAUUCAAUAUAAAAUUCAAUCAGGUCGUUGAAACGAGCAAAGUACCAGUACCUAACUAUAUGGCAAAAUUUCCCGCUAACCAAUCAGAUGUCGCCAUUUUCACAGCGUUGAUUUCAUACCCCCAUCCUGUAUUAAUUGAAUCCUUCUCAACUAAAGUUACAGCGAAAUAUGAACACACACGUUCUAUAUAACGUUCACUGGUAGCACUAGAUUCCUUAAAGGCCCGUUUACACUUGCAAUUUUUGCUGCGAUUCUAGGUCCGAUUUUCUUCUUCUGAUGCAUGUGAACGAGUGGAUAAGUUAUGAAUGCUCUGAGUAUAUGCACCCUCUGAGUAUAUGCACCCUCUGAGUAUAUGCACCCUCUGAGUAUAUGCACCCUCUGAGUAUAUGCACCCUCUGAGUAUAUGCACCCUCUGAGUAUAUGCACCCUCUGAGUAUAUGCACCCUCUGAGUAUAUGCACCCUCUGAGUAUAUGCACCCUCUGAGUAUAUGCACCCUCUGAGUAUAUGCACCCUCUGAGUAUAUGUACCCUCUGAGUAUAUGCACCCUCUGAGUAUAUGCACCCUCUGAGUAUAUGCACCCUCUGAGUAUAUGUACCCUCUGAGUAUAUGCACCCUCUGAGUAUAUGCACCCUCUGAGUAUAUGCACCCUCUGAGUAUAUGCACCCUCUGAGUAUAUGUACCCUCUGAGUAUAUGCACCCUCUGAGUAUAUGCACCCUCUGAGUAUAUGUACCCUCUGAGUAUAUGCACCCUCUGAGUAUAUGCACCCUCUGAGUAUAUGCACCCUCUGAGUAUAUGUACCCUCUGAGUAUAUGUACCCUCUGAGUAUAUGCACCCUCUGAGUAUAUGUACCCUCUGAGUAUAUGCACCCUCUGAGUAUAUGUACCCUCUGAGUAUAUGUACCCUCUGAGUAUAUGCACCCUCUGAGUAUAUGUACCCUCUGAGUAUAUGCACCCUCUGAGUAUAUGUACCCUCUGAGUAUAUGCACCCUCUGAGUAUAUGCACCCUCUGAGUAUAUGCACCCUCUGAGUAUAUGCACUAACUCAUCCACUCGUUCAUCCACUCGUUCCUAAAAAAGUGUAAACGAACCGUAAGAUUGACGUUUACAGCAGACCGCUAACCGCACUGAGGCAAACUUCACUAUUUUAUCUCAAACUCAUUAAUAAUUCAUGAGUAAAUUAGCCAAGCUUGCAUAUUGCUUUAUGAUAAUACUGGAUACCUUGUGGAGUAUAUUGAUCAGUCCUAGGACUGGAUCAAAAUUUAUUCAAUCCUUGGACUGGGUCAAGUUAAUUCACGUCACUUUCAGUGGUGACUUAUUUAUAUGAGAUGUCUGAUUUCAAAUCCUCCAAUUCGAACUAAACUAGACUUCAAGUCCUCGCAUUUUGAUCCUCGGCUUAAUCAAAUUGCGCGGACUUGAAAUCUAGUCCAGUCCUCAUAGUCGGAUUUGAAAUAUUAUUUAAAAGAACGUGAAAAAUUAUUUAGCUCCCAGCAUCUACUUAGCCUCUUUAAUCACCCGACAUUCGCAGUCCAGAACCAAUGGAAAAAAUAAGCCUCAGGGGCUAAAUUGAAGAGAUACGGUAUUUGGUAAAUAUGUGGUAUAUCAUGUUUGUGAUGUUACUCUGAGUGCAUAUCCACACUGGGCAAGCUUGAAAAAUAUGCCUGGCCACGGUGGGAAUCGAACCUACGAACUUUGGAAUACUAGCCCAAUGCUCUGCCAACUGAGCUACGCGGUCAGGUCAGUUCGAGUAUGUGAUAUUUCGUAACUGAGUCUAGUUCCUUCGAUAUCAAUGCAAUCUAGUAAUCAUGAUUUUUUUCUCGAACCGACCUGACCGCGUAGCUCAGUUGGCAGAGCAUUGGGCUAGUAUUCCAAAGGUCGUAGGUUCGAUUCCCACCGUGGUCAGGCAUAUUUUUCAAGUUUGCCCGGUGUGGAUAUACACUCAGAGUAACAUCACAAACAUCAUAUUCACCUGAGUACAUAACACAACACAGAAAAAAAUCAUGUGGUAUAUCGUUUUACUCGUUGAAGCGUCACCCUCGAUUAAGCUCCGCAUAUUAGAGAGCGCCUCUCUAAAAACGCGCCGCACUUAUUCACAACAGCGCGGCGGUUAAUCGAAACAACUACAGUCAACCUCGUUCCCAGGGCUUUCGUGUGAGGACGAGGAACGAGGUUGAACCACAGUAUAUUCAACAACAGUUUCAAUUUUAUCAGAUUCUGGAAUUUAAUAUGAUCUUGUAUUACAGUGUUUUCAAGUUCAAAGUGAGUAUGUAGGCUGUCUCGUACAACGCUCUUUCUAGAACUUUAGAAAUGCGCAGUUAUGUUGUGAAGACAGAUACAAAAUUUUAAAGAUGGCCACCCUCAUCCAGAACGCUAGAGAAGUUCAGAUCUGACUUCUGCUACCUCUCACUGGCUUGAUACCCAUUUGAUUGGUUAAUCGUGUAGAUUAAACAUAUCUGAUUGGUUAACGGUAGCGGUAGUACUAGCAGUGGUAGUCGAAUCUGAACGUUUUAAAUUACUAUUCAAACACUCAUUAAUAAUUCAUAAGCUUAUUGGCAAAUCAUGUCAACCAUAAUAUGUCACUGCAGUGGCUUUAAACCUGAUAAAACACUCCUAAUUAGUAUUCUUUAUAUAAAGAAUACUAAUAAGGCAGUAUCUAUUGUAGUCGUUAAAUUACUAUUCAAACACUCAUUAAUAAUUCAUAAGCUUAUUGGCAAAUCAUGUCAACCAUAAUAUGUCACUGCAGUGGCUUUAAACCUGAUAAAACACCUCCUAAUUAGUAUUCUUUAUAUAAAGAAUACUAAUAAGGCAGUAUCUAUUCUAUCGAAUUUGUAGUCGUGUUUGAAGCCGUUUAAUAAACUCGCAGGUCGUGUUUUAUUAGGUCUAAAGCCACUCGCGCUGCGCGCUCGUGGCUUUAAACCUAAUAAAAUACUCCUGCUCGUUUAUUAAACAGUACAUAAAUUUGAAGACAAGAGAUACAGUAGCUUUUUUAUAGAAAUUAUAAUAUUAUAUUCAAGACAGGAAAAGAUGAAUUGUUAUAGUGAGUGUUAUGCCAUGUUUUGCUAACUGAAAUAUAUUUGUAGGUACCUCAGGAUCCUUCAACUUUACGAAAGAAUAUUUAUUUUUGUCCAAGCUGUCGACAAUAUCUUUCUUCUACAGAAUUUCAAAUUGGAACAAAUUCAAGGUAAUGUUGCGUUCAUUCAUCCUGUUACCCUUACUUAAGUGUUAUCCCUAAAUCAUUGGGAACUUUCUGCCGCAUCACAUAUCAAUGAUCAUAUUUUCAACCUGGUUUCCAUUUAGUUGUGACCAAGUCAUGGUUUUGAUCUUUCUUGUCUUUUGUGUACUGUUGCAAAUCAGUAAUUGCAAACAUACAGUAUAUCAACACUUAGAUACAUCGGCCACUUUGUUAUUCUUACUAUCUUCACGAUCAAAUGGAAACUAUGCAGGCAUUGUCGUUUCUAUAUUUCAUGUUUUACCUUCAUUUCAGAAUUGUUGGCAAAUGUCGUCGUUGCCAAGCUCUGGAUAAUGAUGCCCGUUUACGUCAAGAUUUCUCACAAUACAAAAUGAUGCUUCAGAGUCUCCGUCGUUCCGAAGAAUUAUUCAAAGAUGGAUCCAAAAUUGCAUUUCUGCUACAGGUACAGUCCUAACCACGUGACAAAAAAUGCACGUUAAGCGCUUCCAAAAAUGGACUUGAAAUUUGGCUCAAGUUAUUUAUCAUUUAACUUUUCAUUUUCCAGCAAACAUUAGCUUUUGGAUGCACCGUGAUCAAUACGUUCAGUGGUGCUUUAUUUGGCAGUUUCUGUUUCUCUCUAUCCCCUAUAAUAAAUAAGUAUAGAGUUGGAUUUGUGAGGUCAAUCAUAUAAUAAUUGGAAGAUCGCUUAGUUCGCCGACCUAUAAACAAAACAAAAUUUUGAAAACCCAUUGUACUCAACAAUACACUUGCAAUGGUAAGAAUUUCCAUGGACUAUAAUGAAACGCGAUUCAUCUAGCUUGAUUCUCUAUUUCUAUGGUUAUCUGCAGAUGGGAAAUUUAAUACGGAUUUCUGUAAUGCUCUUAUAUACGUUAAAACUAAAGUAGAAUACGUGUCAGUUAUUCUUCCGCCUGAAAAUUUUAAAUGUUAUGCACCCACGUAUAGAGAGAUAGUUAAGAAGCGAUUAGGUAAAAGGGGAUAUGAUCACUGAUAAAAAAUAUUAAGAUAAAGGAAGGAGGUGGAAAUUAUCAUAUCUUGCAGCUGAAAAACUGAACAACAAAGCACGCGGCUCCAACGUGAGUCGAUGGUUUACUAGGGCACUCCAUGCAGCCUCUACAUACACGACUCAUGACUGAAGGAAAACCGCGGAAUACUCGGAGAAAAACCCUCGAAGCACGGGAGACAACCAACCAAGUUCUACUUACAGUACCCUACCCUCAAUCAUAGUCAAUAGAAUAAGAUGGUUAGGAAACUCGAUGCAGACAUAAUAGACAUGCAUCAUUAUCUAUAUUUUGGUCUUGGUUUAUGCAAAAAAGGUCAGUCAGUCAUCGUCACGUCAUGUGUAUUGUUUUUUCGCCCAACCAAUAGCAGUGUGCUGGUUUAAUUUCCCAAUUGUGAUAAAAACAUAGCUAUUGGUUGCUCUAGCGAAAAUACAACACACACGUGACGAUGAACCGACAUUCAUUGCAUAAACUAAGACAAAAACUUACAUAGAUGAUGAGCUCUAUUAUAGAUAUCUUCAUUGAGUUCCCUAACCUUAUUCUAUUGAGUAUGCCUCGACUUACUGCAGAGGUCUGCCACCCAAGCUCCUAUAUAUUUAUAUUUUCGUCUAAAGAGUGGAUAGCAUGGCAUGAUGUUUCGUGAAAUCUCGUGAUUUAAGGUUUAAUUUUGCCUAACAUUUUUUUAUUGUUUCCAUGAAAGCAUUAAUAUAUACUAUCUGACCAAGUUUGAACGAAAAAUGCAUGUUGAAAACUAUUUAAUAAAAUACAUUUCGCUGCAAUAAGAAAAACAUUGAAAAUGUAAUCUUCAAAUUCAAAUUUCUCGGAAAGAAUUUUACGGCAAUUACUGAUUUUCAAAUGAGUUGUUCUCCUGCGGGUUUUAACGAAUUUUUCUUAUUAAUUUUCGUAGGACAUAGCUAAAGACGCCAGUUUCAAAAUUGUGUUCGGCGUUUUUCUAAUUUUCGAUAUUUUAAUAAUAAGGAGUAAUUCACUCAAACGAUUCAGAAAUAUAUUGUAGUCGUCAAAGAAAUGACCAUAUCAGCGGAUUGUCAAAAUAAACAAAAAUUUCCCAACACGUUUUUUUAAAACAACUUUCACUGUAUAAAAAUGAUAUUUUCAUAAAUAUAUCUUAAAACCAUGAAUUAGGAAAACAACUCAUGAUCAAAAGCGUAAAGGUACCGCGAUUUAAGAUUUUCCUGAAUAAUUCUUAUAUUAUUUUAUUGUUUGUCAAUUUUACAACUUUAUCAUAUUUUACAUGCACUGACGAACAUUUGGUAAAAAUUAGAUGAAAAUCGGACUGAUAUUGAGCGCGCAGUAGUGAUUUUACGCGGAACGCCAAAAAGGUGUCCUGUAACCUUCACAUUUUCUCCGCAGGAAUCAGAUUUGCGUUACCUAAUUGAAAGUAUCUGGAAUACGCAGAGCGCUCUGAGCGCACAGAAUGAUCUUUAUGAUUUGGUAUUUAUUCGAUGGAAUAAACACGAGGAGUGGUCUCCAUGGAAUUGUAUUUUACUGACGAAAGAAGAAGCUUCUGCUCAUGAAAAGUUGGAGAAUGUUAGUGAGGUAUGUAUCGCUAAAAGGGACGGGGGGGGGGGGAGGGUUCAAGUCAGGGUUAGGUUAGGCUUAGGAAAACGUUUAGGAUAAAGUUUAGGUUAAGGUUUAGGAUUGUUUUAAGUGCCUAAUUGCUGUUGAUUCUUGCAUGUUUUAACGAAAUUGAAAGGUAGCCGCAACAUUGAAAACCUCACUCUCAUCCAUCCCUUUCACGAGGGGCGUAUCUACUGGAGUGUGUGAGAUUUCAUCCCCUUCAAUAAGAUUCAUCCUCCUCUAAUAAAUAUGGCAACUAUGCAAAGACUACAUUAUAACAACUUGCGUCGCUAUGAGCGACGUAACCAAGCGUCAGGAAUUUCAGCGCUGAUCUAAUUGCCUAAUGACCAUGACGUGAUUUCUGCUCAAAAGCGGUUAAUGACCCAAAUAAUGAGUUUUUGCCUUUGUUUCCUUGAAAAGUGACAAUAGGUAGUUUCCAAGCAAUCCCACGAGACUUUAACACAAACACAGAAUGAUGAGAUUCUUUUGAAUGGUGAGAAGUAAUGAGAUUCUUUUGAAUGAUGAAAACAUGAUGAAAGCCACCUACUCUACUACCAAAUCCAACCACACGUAAAAUUAGAAAUAAACAACAUUUAUUAGACCCCGUUUACACGGCACUCGACAAAAUUUUGUCCGGAUAAAUUUUUGUACUGAUACAAAUAUGUGUCCACAUUGGCUCUCCGUUUACGCGGUACGGAACAAUUCUUUCGGUCUUUGUUCGGCAUAUUUCGGAUUUGAUCGGGCGUUGCUCGGGACCUUGUUUACAAUUUAUUUUCGCGCUCAUCGCCUGAAAAGCACCAUUUCUGCUUCGCUUUUCCAAAAUAUGGCCGAACAAACACAACAAGCUGCUUCGAGACAACCUAAGUUAACACUAGAAAAAAAUAGUUAUAUAUUUCAUAUUUUCUGGUACACCGGGCGUCUAGUAUAGAAUAUAGACACGUUGAUGUGAGCGAUUAUUAAUUGAAUGUUUUCUAAGCAAAGCACACGUAGUAUUAAUUAAAGUGCGGCGCCCCGUUUCUUAGUCAUAAUCAUUCUCCAUCAGUGUAUUUAGAAAUACUAUAUAAAUAUUAUAAAUACUAUGUCUAUAAAUAUCAAGACGCCGCUCGCCAGUUGCCUCGCGGCCUUAAUAUAAUUUACGGUCACAAUAACUCGCAAAUAUAUAUUUUAGUCUCUCAUUAUGCUUCUCUCCAGUAAAACAAUUCACAAAUGAAGUAUUUCAAACUUAAUUUUUAAGAUUCCGAACAAACAACGAACGAACGAACGAACGAACGAACGAACGAACGAACGAACGAACGAGAUCACAGAAAAUGAGCCGCUGCCAAUUUUGCAUAGGCACGUGCGAAUUUUUUUCUCAAAAAUAAUAUUUUUGAGGCAGCGAAUCCAGUGGUAAAAGAUCUCGAAAUCAGUUGAUUUCUAAAACAUUGCUUCUAUACAGUCACAUAAUAAUUCAUACACUUUUUAAACGUAUUUUAGGAUCUUUAGGUAAUCAAACGUUUAAACUUAAUUGUGUGUUAAAAUUAAGAACGCUAAAUCUUGUCAAGAAAUAUAAAUUUAGUUAUUUAGAUUUAGUAUCAGACUUUGCACUUUUCUAUCAGACGAUAAAAUCGUUGCACGUGUUGCUUCUUGUGCCAGCAACGCUACCAAAGUGACCCGUUGCGUUGCCCGCGCGAGCAAACUGAAAUCAACACGUGUAACCUUGCACUAGCUCGCGCUUUCCCGCAAGAUGAUUUAAGUGUCUGGCAUCAUGUAAAUGAGCACUUAUAGUGAACGAAAUGAAAUAUACCUAUAAUUGAACAUUAUUUGAUCUUGUUUAGGCAUAUGGACGAAUGUUUAUUGGUAAAGUUCUUCAUAAACAUGUGUUGGCAAGAAAUUACUUUUCGAAGCUGCCUGAAAUGGCCCGACAUCUUCAGUCAUCUUUAUCACAUGAUCUCAUUGGCUUGAGUCUGGCUCCCGCCUCAACAACAUCGAAAGCGUAAUUACCGAAAAACGAUAUUUUAGCCUUGUAAUAAGAGUGCCAAAAUGCUUCGCAGCCUUCCAUACUUCCACCAGGUUAAUAUUGGACAAUGUAAAUAUUUUUGUACAUAAACCGAACAAAAUAAUUGUUUGAAAAUAAACCGAAAAAAAUAAGUGUGUUUUAAUAUAAAUACACUCUUCUUGAAAGUACGUCACUUUGACCAUAGAGCCUCGUUUUCGUGAAUAAGACGUCUGGGUUUUGUCACAUACACGGAAACGAGGCUCUAUAUAGCCAAAGUGACGUACUUUCCGGAAGGGUGCGUUGUAAUACGAAAAUCUGUUAUAUGUAAUGCAAAAAAAUAUUAUUGGACAUGCAUGUUUUCCCAGUAUCUUGAUCUUGUAACUCGG